CCCUCAGGAGGAGGGGCCUGGGCGGCAGCGGCUCAACCGCGCCCGCGGCAGCCGCAGAAGCGGCGGCGAGACGCGAUGGGGCAGCGGCGGUGAUGGCGGAGCCGCGGCAGGAGUCGGUGGUGCGAUUCCUGGCGGAGCGGGGCGGGAGGGCGCGCAACGCGGAGCUGCUGGAGCAUUUCCGGGACUGGCUCACCCCCACCGAGCCCGGCCGCCGCGCCGCCGCCCGCCACCGCUUCAAGGAGCUGGUCAACGCCGUGGCCACCGUGCGACAGGAGCCCGGCAGUGGUGUCAAGUACGUGCACCUCCGCCGACGAUACUGUGCGCCGGAGCCCUCCGCCGCCGCCGCCGCCCUGACCCCCGGAGAGGAGCCGGCGGCGUUGGGGGACAGCGCAGAGCGGCCGAUUCUGCCGCUCUCACCGCAGGCGGGCGCUGAGGAGGCGCCGCCGCCGCCAGGCGAGGAUGCUGGCGGCCGCUCUCAGCCUGCAGGGCGGCGGGGCGAAGCUCCCCGGCCGAGCCCGGCGGCGGCUGGAGGCCAAAGGAAGGGUUCGCGGCGGGGGCCGCCGCCUGGGCGCGGCGGAGGAGCAGGCGGCGGCGGCGGCGAGGAGACCGCGGUAGCGGAGGGCCCGGGGCGGCCUCCGCCGGCGGAGGAUCCUGGGGCGGCGGAGGGCCCCCUCGGACCAGCGGCGCAGAGCGGUGGCCGCCGGAGCCUGCGGGAGACGGCGCGGGGCGGUUCUCCCCAGCUGAAACGUGGAGCCCUCCCCGGGGGGGGCCGCAGCCGCGGCGGCGACUCGGACAGCGCCUCGGUGGCCUCGUCAUCCGCCGAGGAGGAGGGGAGCACCACCGGCGCCGUGGCCCUGGACCCCCUGGAGCACGCCUGGAUGCUGUCGGCCUCGGACGGGCGAUGGGAGAGCCUGGAGGGGCUGCUAAGCUGCGAGCCGGCGCUGCUGUGCAAGCGGGACUUCAUCACCGGCUUCACGGUUCUGCACUGGGCCGCCAAGCACGGGCGGCAGGAGCUGCUGGCCACGCUGGUCAACUUCGCCCAGCGGCACCAGCUGCCUGUGGAUAUCAACGCCCGCACCAGCGGCGGGCACACCGCGCUGCACAUAGCCGCCAUGCACGGGCACGCCGAAGUGGUGAAGCUGCUGGUAGGAGCCUACGACGCCGAUGUGGACAUCCGCGACUACAGCGGGCGCAAGGCCGCCCAGUACCUGCACCAGGGCACCUCGGGGGAUAUGCGCAGCCUCGUGGGUGCCCUGGAGGAGGAGGAGGAGGAAGAGGAAGGGGCCACUGGCAAUGGGAGCGGACGCUGGCGGCUCUCUAAGGUGUUGCCCUCCAAUCUCAUGAGCUACCGCCUUUCCCACCACCACCACCAUCACAGCGCUGGGGAGGAAGCUGAGGGCACCGAAGGGGCAGCGGUGCCAGGCAAGGGCAAGGAGAUGACCAGGAAAGCCUCCGGCAGCGGGCGGAUGAAGCCUCGGCUUAACAAGAUCCGCUUCAGGACUCAGAUCAUCCACAACACUCCCUCCUUUCGCGGUGACGCUGAGGAGGAAGAGCACGAGGAGAAAUCUCUGAAAGCAUCGUUCAAGCUCAGGCCAAAGUCCAAUGUCUUUGGAUAAGGCCGAGGACCAGGAGGUCUGGGAAGUGGGCACAUGGACCAAAAGGUGUAGCACAGAAGGUGAGGCAGGUACUAGUGGGUGCUAAUCCACACCCACAGACUUGGCAGGUGGGGUUUGAGUAUCUUAACUCCCAGUUCGGUGGGGUCAGUGAUCCCAGUGUGUCAGCAGGGGCUCUGGUGGCUUACAGCUCCCGAGAGCAGCUGCUUCGGCUGGGCUGUUGGUGCUGAAAUGAGAGGCUGGCUGUGGGUGCGUUGGGAAACACUGGGGUGUUUAAAAGCUAUGCUCCUUUUUCUCUAAAAGCAGCCUUCAGUGUUGGAAACCUGUGUUAGUGAAUCUGCUAGGAUUAGCGAGUUGAGUGAGGGAGAGAAAAGUACAAAUGCUCUACUCUUAUAUUAUCAACCGGUACUAUUAAAAUACAAACAUCUUGCUAUGUCAGAAGAACACCUCAGUUAUAUGCAAAUAUAUUUCAAGUUUCUCUUUGACAGCAAUAUCACCUUGCACAUUGUGGAGUUAGGUACCCUAAAUGAGAUGGUAGAUAAUGGUUUCUUGUCAGAAUCCAAGCUUCAAUCCAUCAAAGACUUAAGCUUGUGUUGACUUUAUGCAUUGAAAAUUGCCUCAUUUGACAUCGUAAAUAUAUUUUUCUAAAAAAUAAUCCUUUGCACUGCAAACAAUGAAUAAAGUUAACCACAUGCAGAAGUCUCUGCUGUCUGAGGUACUACUGAGCUUGCUUACCUUACCGCUGUUAGAAUGCUAAUGCAAGAUAAUGGAAGCAAAGAGUCUUUUUAUAUAUUUGGUAUCUUAUGUUUUGUCUUAGGCAAAGCAAUUUUAUUUUAAUCACUGUGAAUUCUCAAGUGCCAGACCUAGUGCAGUUCCAGUAAUUAAGUCUGGUCAGUUCUUGUUAAUGUUGUUUGUGUAGCUCACUGCAUUUAAAAUCAGAAAAUUUGCUGAAAAUGUGUUGUGUGUGCUACCUGUGAAAGUCAUUCUCCUUUAGAAAAGAGCGCAGACACCACUGCAUGAAAUCUUCAUGAAACACUAAUACGGUCCUGUAAUGUAAUAGCUACAGGUCUGGGUUCACUAGUGACUUCUGUGCCAAUCCCUUCAACUGACUCUGUGCAGAAAUGCAGAAAAAAAUUCAAAAGAGAAAGAAGAAAAAGA